AUGGCGUUUUGUACCACUUAUCACAGUAUACUCGAUCAUAACCUGAAAAAUAUUUAUUCCGGAAGUAUUGAUGGACGAAUUUUACGAUCACCAUCUAAGCUUCCGGUAAUACAACCACAAAGGCACGCAUGCUCAGCAGCGUCUCGAAGAAGGAACCAAGACAUGGAAUAUAACCACGAAUACCAAGUUUACAUGCCAAGGGCACCAGCAUUUGAUGUUAUGUCGAAAGAAAGCAUCGCCAAGAUGGUUGACCGGAUGCACAGACCCAAAACGAGUCAUGAUUUUACCGACGAUACGAAAUCGGAGCACGCGACCUCCGGGUUAAGUUUGAACCGGUCUAUGACAUCACUUUCAGCAACAGAAAUAAAAAAUUGUAGUGAAAGACUGGCCAAUCAACAGACGGUCUCAACAGAAGUGCGGAGAUGCUUAACCGGGUGUAUCAGGACUAGAUCAGCAACACCGGAUAUAAGGUCAUCCUGUCCGCGCAUGACCAAAUCCAUCAGUCAGCGGUACUAUCCACGAGCCUACAAACACUGGUAUGCGAGCAACUCGACGUGA